AUGUGGAGGAUGAAAUUUGGAGAGUUAUGGGCGAAGUGGAUAGAAGCUACUGUUUUCUCAAGUUGGAUGUCAGUUUUAGUUAAUAGGAGUCCCACCAAAGACUUUGAGGUAGGAAGGGGUCUUAGGCUUGGCGACUCAUUAUUGUAUUUUUUGUUUUUGAUUGUCGCUGAAGGGAUUUCUAGCCUAGUCAAAAAGGCUUCCGUUAUUGAUCAGUUUUCGAGUUUCUCUAUGGAGGGAAAAUGUGUUGUAGAAAUUUUACAGUUUGCCGACGACACUCUUUUAGUGAGGGUAGGUAGUUGGAAACAUGUGUGGGCACUUAAAGCAGUGUUGAGAGGUUUUGAAGUCGUUUCUGGCCUCGGUGUCAACUUUCUCAAAAGUAGGCUCAUUAGUAUUAACUUAAGUAACCAUUUUCUCUUGGUCGUGGCCAAUUUCCUUUCUUGCAGGUUAGAAGAUAAUUCUUUUUCGUUCCUCGAAAUUCAAAUCUGA